CUGCUCUGCUGCUGGAGAUCGGUUUCGCAACGAUCAGUUUUGUAGCACAGCUGAAAUCGAGCUGAUCGACGGAUCGGAAGAAUAAAUAAAAUAAAUUCAUUCAGAAGGGAAAUUCAUUCCGCAAGAGAUUACAGAUAAGAAAUAUGGCGAGCAAAGCCACGAUCCUUCUCCUGCUGACCGGCCACCUUCUGGCUGCUCAGACCUUUGCCCAGGAGUAUAAUACCUGGCCACGGCAACAACAACAGCAGCAACAGCAACGUAGCUCCAGACCGGAGGCCACCAACCUGAGGACACAGAACAAUCAGCAUCCCAUAAGCGAUGUGGUGUCGGUGGACCUCACCAAACCUGAGCCAGCCAAUGCGGCGCCCGCUCGUCCGCCGCCCGUCUACAGUUACAUGGACCGCUUCAGCGCCGAGCUCUUUCAGCAGAUCAUCAAGUCGCAGAGCCAGCAAAACGUAGUGUAUUCGCCGUUCUCCGUCCACGCCCUGCUGGCCCUGAUCUACGGGGCCUCGGCCGGAAAAACGUUCCGGGAACUGCAGAAGGCAGGGGAGUUUAGCAAGAAUGCCAUGUCCGUUGCCCAGGACUUCGAGCGCGUGAUUAAGUACAAGAUGCACUUGGAGGGCACCGAUCUGACCAUGGCAACGAAGGUCUACUACAACCAGGAGCUGGGUGGCGUCAACCACAGCUACGAUUCCUACGCAAAGUUCUAUUUCAGCGCUGACACGGAGGCCGUCGACAUGCAGAACGGCAAGGAUACGGCGGCCAAGAUCAACGCCUGGGUGAUGGACAAGACGCGGAAUAAGAUCCGUGAACUGGUUACGCCAGGCGACACUGACCCACAGACGCAGGCGCUUCUCGUGAACGCAGUAUACUUCCAGGGUCGCUGGGAGCACGAAUUUGCCACCAUGGACACUUUACCCUACGACUUCCACCACUCCAACGGCAGAACUUCCAAGGUGGCCAUGAUGUACAACGACGAUGUGUACGGCCUGGCCGAGCUGCCCGAGCUGGGCGCCACCGCCUUGGAGCUGGCCUACAAGGACAGCGCUACCAGCAUGCUGAUCCUGCUGCCCAAUCAGACCAACGGACUGGCCCAAAUGGUGCAGCAGCUGUCCCGGCCGGAAUUCGAUCUCAACCGAGUCGCCCACCGCCUGCGCCGCCAGUCGGUCGCUGUGCGCCUGCCCAAGUUCCAGUUCGAGUUCGAGCAGGACAUGACCCAGCCCCUAAAGGAUCUGGGAGUCCACCAGAUGUUCACGCCCAACUCGCAGGUGACCAAGUUGCUGGAUCAGCCGGUGCGCGUGAGCAAGAUCUUGCAGAAGGCCUAUAUCAAUGUGGGCGAGGCGGGCACAGAGGCCUCGGCAGCUUCAUAUGCCAAGUUUGUACCACUUUCGCUGCCUCCAAAGCCCACGGAAUUCGUCGCCAACCGGCCAUUCGUAUUCGCCAUCCGCACACCCACCUCAGUGCUGUUCAUAGGUCACGUGGAGCAUCCCACACCCAUGAGCGUCAAAAAUGAACCAUAUUCGGACAUGUACAGGAAUUAGAAUUCCAUUUCCGAGUUGAGCCUUGCCCGCUGCAUUUGUGAAAAAGUAUAAUAAAGUAUAACGCUGUAUUUAUGAAAACUGAA